AUGCUCGGUUAUCCCGCUCACUUCGGUCAAAUGGAAUGCUUGAAACUGGUUGCCAGCCCUAAAUAUGCAGACAAACGCUUGGGUUAUCUUGGCAUUAUGUUACUCAUCGACGAAAAAACCGAAAUCUUGACAUUGGUCACCAACAGUUUGAAAAAUGACCUGAAUCACAGCAAUAUGUAUAUCGUAGGAUUGGCACUCUGUACAUUAGGUAACAUUUCAUCUUCGGAGAUGGCGCGAGAUUUGUGCUCCGAAGUGGAGAAGCUCCUUGGAAGCUCCAAUACAUAUAUACGCAAAAAGGUUGCCAUUUGUGCUUUGCGUAUUAUUCGCCGAGUGCCCGAACUGUAUGAGAAUUUCAUUCCCAAAGCCAAAGGGUUGCUAAAUGAUCGCAGCCAUGGUGUGCUUAUUUCGGGUAUCACACUCAUCUCCGAGAUGUGCCAACAAAAUCCCCAGAUUGUGCCUGUAUUCCGGAAGGCCAUUCCUCUCUUAGUGCGCCAUUUGAAGAAUUUGGUUACAGCAGGCUAUUCUCCCGAGCAUGAUGUUACCGGUGUCACGGAUCCAUUUUUGCAAGUGAAAAUUCUUCGUCUUCUACGUAUUCUCGCGAAAAACGAACCCGAAGUUGAUGAUGCAUUGAAUGACAUCCUGGCUCAGGUAGCCACCAACACUGAAAGCGCAAAAAACGUCGGCAAUGCUAUCUUGUACGAAACUGUGGUGACCAUCAUGAAUAUCAAGAGCGAAGCUGGUUUGCGUGUGCUUGCUGUGAAUAUUCUCGGCAAGUUCCUGAGCAAUCGUGAUAACAAUAUUCGAUACGUAGCGUUGGAGACACUUAACAAAACCGUGGGUAUCGAAACACAAGCAGUUCAACGCCAUCGCAAUACCAUUCUAGACUGUUUGAGAGAUGGAGAUAUCUCGAUCCGACGACGUGCACUCGAGCUGAGCUUUGCUCUCAUUAAUGAGGGCAAUGUCCGUGUUCUCACCAGAGAGUUACUCGCUUUCCUGGAAAUUGCCGAUGCUGAAUUCAAGCAGAGCAUGACAACCAAGUUGGCUUUAGCUGCUGAUCGAUUUGCUCCUAAUAAGCGAUGGCAUAUCGACACCAUGUUACGUGUACUCAAACUCGCAGGCAAUUAUGUGCGCGAAGAAGUUUUAGCUGGCUUCAUUCGUCUUUUGGCCCAGUCUUCCGACUUUCAGCAAUACACCGCCCAGAAACUUUAUGCAGGUUUGAAAAACGAUAUUUCACAGGAUGGCCUUGUUUUGGCUGGUGUUUGGGUCAUUGGCGAGUACGGCGAUGUUCUCAUUGGCGGUGGUGCUUUUGAAGAAGAUGGUGUGAUGUUGGAUGUAUCGGAUGAGUCGGUGGUGAACCUUUUGGAAUCCAUUAUUAUCGGCCCUUAUGCUACGCAGGUGACCCGAGAAUAUGUAUUGACGGCCUUGAUGAAAUUGACUUCACGCUUGAAUGAUUCCAUGGUGCAAGAUCGCGUGAAGACUCUACUACACAAAUAUAUGACCAGCAUGGAAGUUGAGAUUCAGCAACGUUCUGUGGAAUACACCAAUCUAUUCAAAUUCGAUACCAUCCGUCCUGCCGUUCUUGAACGCAUGCCCGUGCCCGAACCACGCACCAUCAUUCAAACAAAAGACAGCAGUCAUGCCGCAGAACCCGGGCAAUCUCCUGUCACUACUGGACCUUCCGAUCAAGAUCUGUUGUUGGAUCUUAUGGGUGUCGGUACUGCUUCGGCUGGUGUGACCGAGGACGCAGCAAGUACUUCGCCACAGUUGCCGCAAAGUAGCGCGUCUACCUCACAGCAACCGCAGAAUAUGGAUCUCUUGGCCGAUAUUUUCGGCUCUUCCUCGAUUUCUUCGACGCAGCCUGAUCCCGCGCCUGCUGCUCCCUCUACAAUGGGUGGCGGCUCUCUUUUAGAUUUACUUGGCUCGGCCCAAGAAUCGCCUCAGAAUAACUCCAUGUCUGCAGCCGCCAGCCCUAGCUUAGACGUGUUCGCUUCUCUAGAAAAAUCUUCACCAACACAACCUACACCAUCCGCAGCCAGUUUGCCAGGUUACAGCGCCUAUUCAAAGCAUGGCUUUUCGAUCCAUCUAGUACCCUCUCGAGACCGCAAUAACCCGGCGAUUUUGAAUAUUCAAGUACUCUUUGCAUGUGAUAGCCAGACUGAUAUAUCCAAUUUACAAUUCCAAGCCGCAGUACCCAAAAGUCAGAAACUGCAAAUGAACGCCGCCAGCAGCAAUACCGUACGACGUAAUACGACAGAAAAGCAGAUGAUGCGCAUCAAUAAUCCACAAAACGUGAGUGUGUUCUGUGAGACGGUUUUUGGUUAG